CAUAUAUUAUGUAUGUAAUCGGCUGUUGUUCCUACUCAUGUGACGGUUCGGUAGGCAUUAAUUAUGGUAAAAUUCAAAACUCGUGUUAUUGCUUAUUUUAAAACCUGAUUUUGAUACUGUAGAUCUUGGUUUUCGAAUACCCACACCCGGUAAGAUUCUCCAGGGAUACGAUUUUACUAGGACACCGGGAUUAAAUAUUGAGAAAAUAAAAUUAUUUUUUUUCCAUGCACAGAUAUCUAUAAUAAUUAAUAAAGCAUAAUAUAGAUCUAUGGCUCCAUGACACAGUUUAUUCUUUAUCAAGAAAGUAAUAAUAAUCGUCUAUGGCUAACAUUAUUGUUUCAUGUUAAGUUCAUCUAUGAGUACAUUACUUUUUAUUUUAUACAAACUAUUCAUGCUCCGGAUAUUUUACAGAUCAAUAAAAUACCAUUCUGGCAUAGUUCUAAAUUUGUACGUUUCAUAUUUUCCUGUUGGAAGAUAAUAUCAAGGAGAAGAUAUGAUUCCUAUCUCGCCAUUCGAUAUUAUUGCAAAAUCGUUUAAAGUAUGCAAUGAUAAACCUGUGAUCGACGAUUAUAUAUUCCAAUGCCACUAUAAACUAACUACCAAUAUUUUAUUAACGUUCUGUAUAUUGGUUACAUCUAUCAAUUUAAUAGGAAAUCCGAUCGAAUGCAUAACAAACUCAUCAAAAAAAACAGAAAUGCAAAAAGUUAUAAAUAGUUAUUGCUGGAUGUCGAGCUUAUACACAUAUAAUAAUAUGAAACCAGAAUUCGGUCUACCUAAAAUAAAAAACAACGAACAAAAUAUUAGAUCCCAUUCAUACUAUAAAUGGGUACCAUUUAUGCUGUUCUUUCAAGCUAUGACAUUUUAUGUGCCUCAUUGGAUAUGGAAAAUAUGGGAAGGAGGAAAAAUACGUAUGAUCACAAAUGGCAUGCGUGGAUUUUGUGCGGGUCCUGCUAAAACAAGACGUUUAAAACAAGACAGAUUGGUACAAUAUUUCAUUGAGAGCUUUCAUACUCACAGUACCUACGCAUUUGGUUAUAUUUUGUGUGAAAUAAUGAAUAUAUUCAACAUUGGUGUCAACAUUUACAUUACUCAUAAAUUUCUUGGUGAAUCGUUUUUAACUUACGGAAUUGAAGUGUUUAAAUACUAUCAACAUCCUAGCUACUUUAACCCAAUGGAAGAUAUCUUUCCUCGACUUACUAAAUGUAAUUUUUUCAAGUAUGGACCAUCUGGCACUAUUCAAAACAUAGAUGCUAUGUGCAUUCUCGCUCAAAAUGUUUUAAACGAAAAAAUAUACUUAUUAAUAUGGAUUUGGUUUUUAAUACUUUCUAUUAUGUCCAUAUUUGCAUUGGUCUAUAGAAUCUCUAUUAUUACGCAAAUACUUUUGAAGACAAGAUUAUUGAUAAACAUGUCUAAAUUCACAAAUAAUAAACGAAUCAUUUCAAUGUUAGUUCGGAAAUUUCAAGUAGGAGAUUAUAUACUCCUUAAUUUCAUUGGGAAGAAUGUGCAUUGUAUUCAAUUUAAAGAAAUAGUAGAAGAAAUAUAUACUCAAGUUUGAAUGUAUAAAAUUAUAACAACAUUAACUUAUCUUUACAUAGGUAACUUAAAUAUUAAAUAAAUAAUCAAAAGUUAU